CCCCACCACGGCUCCAAGCCAGGCUCAGCAGCCCGGGGCGAGGGGGCUGUCUCAGGCAUCGUCACCGCCUGGCUCCGCCCCCCCAAAAUCGCAGGGGUCCGGCGUGGCCCCGGCUCUGGGAUGGCAGCGGCACAGUCGGAGCGCGGCGGGGCAGCGGGACGGGUCCCGGCCGCGGGCUCUGCAGCCGCUCCAUGGAAAUGCUCACGCAGAACCGAUGGAAGAAGCAAGCGAGCGCCGGCCUGCUGGAGAACUGCACGGGCUGCGUGCUGUGCUCCGAGGACAACGGCUGCAUCACCUGCCACCACCGGCUCUUCCUGCUCAUCUGGAGGGACGGCAUCCGCCAGUUCGGGGUGUGCGUCCAUACCUGCCCCCCCGGCUACUUCGGCGUGCGGGGGCUGGAGGUCAACAGAUGCACGAGGUGCAGGUCUCCGAGCUGCGAGAGCUGCUUCAGCAGAGACUUCUGCAUGAAGUGCAAGGACAAGUUCUACCUGCACAAGGGCCAGUGCUUUCGGCAGUGCCCCCCCAGCACCACGGUGCAGCCCGGCACCCGCGAGUGCCAAGAAACGUGCGAGCCGGGCCCCUGGAGCGAGUGGAGCCCCUGCACCCACGAGAGCCGGACCUGCGGCUGCAAGUGGGGAGUGGAGACGAGGGUGCGGGAGGUGUCGGGGGCCCCCCGGGAGGAAGGAGCCGCCUGCCCCGCGCUGCUGGAGACACGGAAGUGCCGCAUGAGGAAGCACUGCCCAGGAGACAAAAACGAACCCAAAACUAAAGGCAAGAAGAGGCAGAAGAAGCCGAAGACAGAACCGGAGGCGGGUACUUAGCGGCUCCAGCACUGGAGCUGGGGCAGUGCGGUGGGAGCAGGGUGGGAGCUGUCGGAGCCCCUGGCCAGGGCUCCCACCGCGCUGCCCCAGCCGCAUCACCCCGGUUUUCCAUCCACAGCGCAAUUGCACAACCUCUUCUCCCUCCCUCUCCCCUUUUCUUUUGACACAAUUUAUGGCCUGUAAAACAUUUCCUUUUCAGAAAAUCUAA